AUGGCCAAGCAGCUCGGCCGGGACCAGCAGGGCAUCACCCUGCGGGGCAGCGCCGAGAUCGUCGCCGAGUUUUUCUCCUAUGGAAUCAACAGCAUCCUCUACCAGCGGGGCAUCUACCCCCCUGAGACCUUCACCCGCGUCCAGAAGUACGGGCUCACCCUCCUCGUCACCACCGACCCCGAGCUGAAGAACUACCUCAACAACGUGGUGGAGCAGAUGAAAGAGUGGCUGUACAAGUGCAUUGUGCAGCGCCUGGUGGUGGUCAUCUCGAGUAUCGAAAACAAUGAGGUUCUGGAGCGGUGGCAGUUUGACAUAGAGUGUGACAAAACUGCAAAAGAUGAGAGUGCACCAAGAGAAAAAUCUCAGAAAGCUAUUCAGGAUGAAAUUCGAUCUGUUAUCAGACAAAUAACUGCCACAGUAACUUUUCUGCCACUGUUGGAAACUGCCUGUGCCUUUGACUUGCUGAUAUACACAGAUAAAGAUUUGGCAGUGCCAGAAAAGUGGGAAGAGUCAGGACCGCAAUUCAUAGCCAAUUCGGAAGAGGUUCGUCUUCGUUCCUUCACUACUACAAUCCACAAAGUAAAUAGUAUGGUGGCUUACAAAAAGGAUUCCCUCCCCUAAGACAUGGGGGUAUUCUGUAUAUAUCCUCUCACCUUGUAUAGUUUCUGUUCAUCGUGCAGCUGAGUCAUGAACACAUCAUUACUGUUGCUCUUGCUGAAGUAUGAUACAGAAAAAAGGCAACGUGUUUGUGGUAUAACACUAGACUAAGCUGGCAUUGUUUUUAAAGAGGUCUAAAUAAGGUAUUCAUAAUGAUAGUUCAAUUCUUACUUAAUUGUAUGAGCUAAACUAAUGGUGUGUUAAACUACCGCAUUCACUAUAACUGCCUAAACCUAGGGUUAAUUGCUAGAAUUGUGUUCAAAUCCUGUAAUUUAGUAUUUUAAGAUUAUUAUUAUAAACUGCAUUCUAUUAGCAGGCUUAAGUUCCCUCUGGCACUAAAAAAAAAAAAAAUAUCUCACUCCUCACAUGCCAGUUCAUGUUACAAGCCUGGUCUGUUUUACUACCAGCAACAAUCCUAAAAUGAAUCAACAGAACAAUUCUGAAGUUACUUGUACCUCUUUACAAUGAAAGCAGCUGUUUAUCAGGAAAGUCUUAAAUAUGUGAAGCCUUGUACAUUAAUGACUGCUGGACUCCAGUUCUGGGGAUGGUGUUGUUCUAAGUUGGUGUAUGUCUCUAGUGUCUGUCAAGCAUUUUCUAUGUUUGUAUUCUUGUUUUACAGAAUAAAGCUUCAAACUGUAUAGUGUUCUCUAA